CUCCUUUUGCUUUUUUUAUAUUUUUCAUUCAUGUCCUUAGCACACCAGUCGACUCAGCAACACAUGCUUUUAAAAGAUAUACGUCCUUUAAUGCGCAAGAUAGAUGUUGAGGUCAUUGUACUCCAACAAGAAAGUGAACCUAUUAUUACUCGUGAUCGUGAAGUCAUUCACAAAUAUUUAGUGGCUGAUAAAUCAGGUGUUAUGAUAUUUAAUGCUUGGGGUACCGUAGGCGAACUGAUCCGAGGUGGUGAUAUUCUAAGAAUUACAGGAGCAGAAAGCAAAUUUAGAGCUGGACAACAGUUUUUGGCAACCACCCGAACAGGAAAAGUGGAAAGAUUAGGUCAAGAUACAUUUCCUUUUGCAGAAGGACCCAACUUUUCAGAAGCAGAACCAGGAUCAAAUAUACCACCAUCAAGGCUUGCACGGGCAGCUGUAGCAGGAGAACAACAACAACAACACCAACAGCAACAGUUACAACAACAACAACAACAACAACAACAGCAACAGCAUCAUCAGCAGCAACAACAGCAGCAACAACAGCAGCAACAACAGCAGCAACAAUAUAAUUACCAUCUACAGUCAAGGCAGCAGCAACAUCACACACCAACAUCAUCACCAUCAUCGUCAUUAUUACCGCCAAAGCACUUUGGAGGAAGAGGUAGAGGAAGUAGAGGAGGUAGAGGAAGGGGUCAUGGCGAAGGACCAACCCAUAUCAACGUACGGGAUCCAAGAAAACGGACUCUAGAACAAGCGACAUCAUCCAUCAACACGAACAACAAUAAUGAAGCUUCCAAUCAACGACGAAAGGUUGCUUACAAAGAAUUAGUAUAGAUUUUAGUUUAGAUUCCCCCUCCCCUAAUUUUCCCCUCUCUUCGACUUCAUACAAUCAUCAUCAUUGUAAAUAAAGAAAUUACUCUGUUUUGAACACCGAUUCUCUUA